AUGCCACCUUCGGUCCCGCCACUGUCCAUUGCACCUUUGAUCGUCACGAGCACCACAGGAACCACCAUCCAGGCUCUCGACAACUUGACCGGGGAAACCUCCGGGAUGGCCGCCAUCAUGGCCGCCAACUGCAGCCAGAAGACGGGGAAGGGUGAGAAGACCAAGAAGCGGCAUUGGUGGUCGCGCAUCGUCCGUAAAGGGAGACCUUGUCGCGAGAUGAAGUCGCUGGAGACGGCUCCUCCAAGUCGGACUUUAAGUCGGGCCCCGAGGCCCUUGGACGAAGACAUGUUUCCCAGGAGGAUCCGCACCAACAGUUCUCAUUCCAUGCCCACGGCACGCAUUCAGGCCGGGGGAUUCAUCGACGACAAGGAGGAGAUGACGAAGUCUCCUGUCGAAAUCUCCACUGCCGCCGCCACCACCUCCACCAGUCCCAGGUCGAGUCUGACUUCCAGGGGCGAGUCUUCCCCGCGAGGCAGCUGCAGUAGCGACAGCAGCUUCGGAGCAAGCACCUCUCCGACAUCGACUGACGGCGUCAGCUCCAGGUCCUCCAUAGACUCCCGGGGCAAGGUCAGCGCCACAGGUGUGGCCGCAUUGUAUGAAGCACUGGGCACGAGGGCCAUCAUGAAGGAACAAAAGAAGUUGGAGGACUAUCGGAAACGGCAUGGCAUGCAGCGAGACCGGGCGGUGGAUAGUUUGGUGCUGGGAAACGCCUUUAUCGGCAUGUAG